AUGGAUAAAACACAGUCGGUCUGUUCGCUUAUCAUAGCUGUGUUCCUCGGAAGCUUUCCCGUGGUUUUCGCGGCUCGGCAGCCUCACAUCGUGUUCAUCUUGGCGGAUGACUUUGGUUUUUAUGAUGUCGGCUACCACGGCUCAGAGAUCCGAACACCGAACCUUGACAGACUGUCAGCCGGAGGAGUCCGCCUGGAGAACUACUACGUCCAGCCGAUGUGCACCCCCUCCAGAAACCAGCUCAUGACCGGAAGAUAUCAGAUCCACACAGGCAUGCAGCACCACGUCAUCUGGCCCUGUCAACCGUACUGUGUGCCACUCGAUGAGAAACUGCUGCCCCAGCUGAUGAAGGAGGCGGGCUACGCCACGCACAUGGUGGGCAAGUGGCACCUGGGCAUGUACAAGAAGGACUGCCUGCCCACACGGCGGGGCUUUGACACGUACUUUGGCUACCUCACAGGCAGCGAGGAUUAUUACACUCAUGAGCGCUGUUAUCACAUCUAUCCCCCGAGCCUGACUCGCUGUGCGUUGGACCUGCGGGACGGAGAGGAGGUUGCUACCAGAUACACAGGAGUCUAUUCCACUGAGCUGUUCAGCCAGAAGGUCACCAACAUCAUUGGAAAACACAACUCUACCAAGCCGCUCUUCCUCUAUGUGGCAUUGCAGUCAGUCCACUCACCGCUGCAGGUGCCGGAGCGCUAUGUGGCCCCCUACAGUUUCAUCAGUGACCCCAAUCGAAAGCUGUAUGCUGGCAUGGUGUCUGCCAUGGACGAAGCAGUGGGCAACGUCACUCUGGCUUUGCAGCAGGCAGGUCUUUGGGACAACACGAUCCUAGUAUUCUCAACAGAUAACGGAGGUCAGACUCUGGCUGGUGGCAGCAACUGGCCACUGCGAGGGAGGAAGUUUUCACUGUGGGAAGGAGGGGUCCGGGGAGUCGGAUUUGUCGCCAGCCCGCUGCUGAAGCAACCCGGGACCGUCAGCCGCGAACUCAUCCACAUUUCCGACUGGCUGCCAACAUUUGUUGGCCUGGCAGGAGGGAGCACCAACGGCACAAAGCCACUGGACGGAUUCAACGUGUGGAACACGAUCAGCAACGGGUUUGCCUCACCCAGACUGGAGCUGCUGCACAACAUUGACCCCCUGUAUGUUGACGUGGGUCCAUGUAUUGGCAAGGAGCCUCAGUUAACCGCCUGGGCCGAAUCUGGCUUCAAUGUGUCCGUUCACGCAGCCAUUCGCUCCUCAAACUGGAAGCUGCUGACUGGCUACCCAGGCUGCGACGAGUGGUUCCCCCGGCCUGGCAACGUGAGCUCUGUGUCGAAGCCCUCACAGGUGAAUCCACUGAAGCCAGUAAUGCUGUUUGACAUAGAAAAAGACCCAGAAGAGAGGAAUGAAGUGUCUGCUCAGUACCCCACAGUAGUGGAGUAUCUCCUCAGUCGGCUCUACCACCACCAGAAGACUGCUGAGCCGGUAAACUUCCCUGCCGAUGACCCCAGAUGUGACCCAGGCCUCUCCGGAGCCUGGGGACCCUGGGCUUAGAUGGCAAUGACAGUGAUGAAGCUUAGUUGACCAUGUUUACACACUGUGUUCGCAACAGCAGGGACCUCUUUUCUAGAGAAUAAUGAAGUUUUAGAAAUGUUUUUCCUCUUUGAUGAUUUGGAUUUAUUGUAAAUCAAUAAAAGACAGCUCAGUCCAUCACACAAUAAAUUCAGUCGGACACGGUUCCAACACAGCAUAUAAGAGUAUGGAGUAAGUCUG